AUGGGGAGGGGAAGGAUUGAGAUCAAGAGGAUCGAGAACACGACUAGCCGGCAGGUGACCUUCUGCAAGCGCCGGAACGGGCUCCUCAAAAAGGCCUACGAGCUCUCCGUCCUGUGCGACGCUGAGGUGGCGCUCAUCGUCUUCUCCAGCCGCGGCCGCCUCUACGAGUACUCCAACAACAGUGUCAAGGCUACAAUUGACAGGUACAAGAAGGCACAUGCUUGUGGCUCAACCUCUGGGGUACCUCUCAUAGAAGUCAAUGCUCAGCAAUACUACCAGCAAGAAGCUGCAAGGCUGCGCCACCAGAUCCAGAUGCUGCAAAGCACUAACAAGCACUUGGUUGGUGAUUCUGUUGGGAACCUGUCACUCAAGGAGCUGAAGCAACUCGAAAGCCGGCUUGAGAAAGGCAUUGCGAAGAUCAGGGCCAGGAAGAAUGAGCUCCUAUCUUCUGAGAUCAACUACAUGGUCAAAAGGGAGAUAGAGCUUCAGAGUGACAACAUUGAUCUCAGAACCAAGAUUGCGGAGGAGGAGCAGCGGAUGCAGCAGGUGACUAUCGCCAGGCCCUCGGCGGCGCCGGAGCUGAACCCUUUCACCGCACUGGACAUGAAGUGCUUCUUCCCUGCCAACCUCUUCGAGGCGGCGGUGCAAGCGCACGCGCAGGCACAGGCUCAGGCUCAGGCUCAUGCUCAGGCCUCGCUUCAGCUGAACCUAGGCUACCAGCAGCUUGCUCCACCGGGCGCGGGCGAUGUGGCUCAUCAGUUCUAG